AUGACAACACACCCAGGCUUAAUUAAGCGGCUAGACGAGGUCGUGGUUAAUCGUAUCGCAGCAGGGGAGGUUAUCCAACGUCCAGCCAAUGCUCUCAAAGAAAUGAUUGAAAACAGUUUGGAUGCCAAGUCUUCCAACAUUCAGGUGACGGUUAAACAGGGUGGACUCAAACUGCUACAGAUUCAGGAUAAUGGGACAGGAAUCAGGAAAGAAGACAUGGAGAUUGUAUGUGAACGAUUUACCACCAGUAAACUUCAGAAGUUUGAGGAUCUGAAUUCUAUAGCUACCUACGGAUUCCGAGGGGAGGCCCUGGCUAGCAUAAGUCACGUAGCGCACGUUACCAUAACGACUAAAACUGCCGAUUCCAAAUGUGCCUUCAAAGGAAGCUAUGUGGAUGGGAAAUUGAAAGAACCUGUGAAACCCUGUGCUGGAAAUGUUGGAACUCAGAUUACUGUAGAGGAUUUGUUCUACAAUAUCUCCACCAGAAGGAAAGCCUUAAAGAGUCCCUCUGAGGAACAUGCCAAAAUCGCGGAAGUGGUCAGCAGAUACGCAGUGCAUAAUUCCAGUGUGGGAUUUACCCUUAAGAAGCAAGGGGAGAAUAUAGCAGACGUUAGGACAUCUGCCAGGUCAAGCCAUGUGGACAAUAUUAGAACUAUAUAUGGACCGUCCAUUGCCAAAGAACUAUUGGAAAUUCAACAUGAGGACAAGAAAUUAUCCUUCAGAUGCCAUGGUUACGUGACGAAUGCUAAUUACUCUCUGAAGAAAUGUAUAUUUCUUCUUUUUAUUAACCACCGACUGGUAGAUUCCUCCUCUCUACGUAAAGCUGUGGACACCAUCUACCAAGCUUAUCUUCCCAAAAACAUGCAUCCCUUUGCCUAUCUAAGUUUAGAAAUUGCUCCUCAGAAUGUAGAUGUCAACGUACACCCUACAAAACACGAGGUUCAUUUUCUUCAUGAGGAGGCCAUCAUUGCCAGCAUUCAGUCAGCUAUAGAAACCAAACUUCUGGGAGCAAACACGAGCAGGACUUAUUAUACACAGGCAUUGCUACCAGGAGCACCUGUAUCCUUAGACAGUAAGGAGGAGGAUCCAAAUUCUUCUAAAUCUAGUGGUGGAACAGAGAAGACAUAUGCCCAUCACAUGGUCAGAACGGACAGCAGAGAACAGAAGCUGGACGCUUUCAUGAAACCGGUCAACCCAGGUGGUGCCACUGCCACCACAAGCACCACCACUGAAGAUGUCCCUAAAGGCACCACCCAGCCUGAAGACAACCAGAUGGAGACGUCACCCAGUGGUGAUGUAAUGGUAUUACCCUGUUGUGGUUCCCAGCAGAAGAGGAGGCCUGUGAAGCUCACCAGUGUUCUCACACUUCAGGAAGACAUCAAAGAAAAUAUGCAUAAAAAUCUGAGAGAGAUGUUCCAGUUCCACAAGUUUGUGGGGUGUGUGAAUGAAGAAUUCUCCUUGAUGCAGCAUCAGACAAAACUCUACCUAGUAAACACAACCAAACUAAGUCGUGAACUUUUCUACCAGUUGAUGAUAUUUGAUUUUGGAAACUUUGGAAUACUCCGACUUUCAGAGCCGGCUCCUAUAUACGACCUUGCUAUGCUUGCCCUUGACCUAGAAGAGAGCGGCUGGACGGAGGCGGAUGGUCCAAAGCAUGACCUUGCUCAGUACAUCGUGGAUUUCUUAACCUCAAAAGCAGAGAUGUUGUCCGAUUACUUCUCUAUGGAAAUUGACCAGAAGGGAAAUCUCUGUACGCUGCCCCUCCUGCUUAAUAACUAUCUCCCCAACAUGGAGGGCCUCCCGAUGUUUGUACUCAGGCUGGCCACAGAG